CCCACCUACCACCCUCCCCCAGUGUCCCUGCUCCCUGCCCUGCAUGGUGAGAUAUGGUGGGGAGCAGGGAUUGUGACAUAAGCAAAUGCCCCCAGCUGCUAGAUGUGGAUGCCAGCCCAUGAGCUUCUUGUAGGGACACCACCUGUGAAGGUCCCAUCAAUAGCCAGCUUCUCGCAACCCCCAAAUUGACUACCUCACGAGAGGACAGGGACCUUGCAUCGUAGAACGGACAGGAGGAUUCUGGUAGAGGAGGUGUCAGGGUCCCUGGGGACCCGGUGGCCACCAUGGCGGAAAUCGUAGACACCGCUAUGUGCGUUUGCUCCCCGUGUUGCACAUGGCAGAGGUGUUGUCCCCGGCUGUGCUCCUGCCUGUGCUGCAAGUUCAUCUUCACCUCGGAGCGGAACUGCACCUGCUUCCCCUGCCCCUACAAGGACGAGCGGAACUGCCAGUUCUGCCACUGCACCUGCGCUGAGAACCCCAACUGCCACUGGUGCUGCUGCUCCUGGGCCAAUGACCCCAACUGUAAGUGCUGCUGCACGGCCACCGGCAACAUCAAGUGCUACUACUAUGAGAGCCGCUGCUGCCGCAACGCCACCGUCACUUUCCACAAAGGUCGCCUCAAGAGCAUUCGCACCUCGUCCAAGACUGCCCUGCGGGUGGGGAGCAGCGACCCACAGUUGGAUGAGGUGAGGUCAUUACCAGCUAGCAGUCACCUGGUGGAUCACCUCACCUGCCCCAUGUGCAACCGGCUGCGCCUGCACUCGUUCAUGCUGCCCUGCAACCACAGCCUGUGCGAGAAGUGCCUGCGGCACCUGCAGAAACACGCCGAGGUCACGGAGAACUUCUUCAUCCUCAUCUGCCCGGUGUGCAACCGCUCGCACUGCAUGCCCUACAGCCACAAGAUGCAGCUGCCCGAGAACUAUCUGCGCGGGCGCCUCACCAAGCGCUACAUGCAGGAGCAUGGCUACCUCAGGUGGCGCUUCGACCGCUCCUCAGGGCCCAUCAACUGCCAGGUAUGCCGCAGCCGCCGCAUCGCCUACAAGCGCUGCACCACCUGCCGCCUCAACUUAUGCAACGACUGUCUCAAGGCCUUCCACGCGGACGUGGCCAUGCAGGACCACGUCUUCGUGGACACCAGCCCUGAGGACCAGGAUGAGAAGAUCUGCAUCCACCACCCGUCCAGCCGCAUCAAUGAGUACUGCCGCAACGACAAUGAGCUGCUCUGCACCUUCUGCAAGAUCGCUUUCCACAACGGCCACGACACCAUCAGCCUCAUAGACGCCUGCUCCGAGAGGGCCGCCGCCCUCUUCAGUGCCAUCGCCAAGUUCAAAGCAGUCCGAUAUGAAAUUGAUAAUGACCUCAUGGAGUUCAACAUUUUAAAAAACAGUUUUAAAUCUGACAAGGAGGCAAAGCGGAAAGAGAUCAGAAAUGGGUUUCUCAAGCUGCGCAGCAUUCUUCACGAAAAGGAGAAGAACAUCAUGGAGCAGAUAGAGAAUCUAGAAGUGUCCAGGCAGAAGGAGAUUGAGAAAUAUGUGUACGUCACGACCAUGAAAGUGAACGAAAUGGAUGGCCUCAUAGCCUACUCCAAGGAGGCCCUCAAGGAGACAGGCCAGGUAGCCUUUCUGCAGUCGGCCAAGAUCCUGGUGGACCAGAUCGAGGAUGGCAUCCAGAGCACCUUCAGGCCUGACCCCCAUCUACGGCUGCACUCCUUGCACUGCAUGCCCUUGGACUUUGCUGAGCUCUCCAGCGCCAUGCACCAGCUCUUCCCCACAGGACCCAAGAAGGUAUGCUCCUCAGGCGAUUCUCUGCCCUCCCCCUACCCCAUGCACUCUGAAAUGAUGAUUGCCAGGAAGGUCACAUUUAGUACCCACAGCUUUGGCAACCAGCAGAUAUACCAGCGAAGCUCCUCCUUACUGUCCUUCAACACUGCUUCAGAGAAGGCCAAGGGGGGUCCUGAGGUCUGUGGGAGAGCCCAGUCUGCUGCUCCCGCCAAAACCACAGAUGGCCUCUACACUUACUGGAGUGCCACGGCCGACAACCAGGCCCCUCAGAACAGCAGCAGCUUCCACAACUGGUACUCGUUCAAUGACGCCUCUGUGAAGACCCCAGGCCCCAUCAUUAUCUACCAGACCCUGGUGUAUCCAAGAGCUGCCAAGGUUUACUGGACGUGCCCAACAGAAGACGUGGACUCUUUUGAGAUGGAAUUCUAUGAACUCGUCACUACCCCUCCUAACAAUGUGCGGACAGAACUCUGUGGACAAAUUCGGGACAUAAUGCAGCAGAAUAUAGAACUACACAAUCUAACGCCCAACACGGAAUAUCUGUUCAAAGUGAGAGCCAUCAAUGACAAUGGUCCUGGACAGUGGAGUGACAUCUGUAAGGUGGUGACACCCGACGGGCGUGGGAAGACGCGAGCUAAGUGGGGCCUGCUGAAGAACAUCCAGUCUGCCCUUCAGAAGCGCUUCUGAGUCCUGCAGAAACCCUCCGAGAUGCGCCACAGAAGAGACAUAUAUAUAUCACACAUGGAGAUGUAUUUUUCUCACCAUUUUCUUUGAGGAGGUGGCGGAUGAAUGUCCCCAGUGCCUCUGAGCUUUCCAACAGAAGUCUUCUAAGAGCUAAUAAAAGGACAUGCCUGACCUCAUA